GCAUAAUCUAAUUAUUUUAACAAGACAUUCAACUUGACCAAAUAGUUUGUACGGAUAAAUGAUUUUAUCCUUUCAAGAAUAAUUCUUUUUUGAUAGUAUCAAGUUAUCAACAUGCCUAUUGUCAACAAAAUUGGACUAGGAGGACCAAUCUACGAUCAAAAUUAACUCCAGGGACCAAACUGUAACUCUCUCAAACUAGCGGGUCAAGUUUGAUAUACUCUAAGAUCCAUCCGUCCGGCUCCUAGGGGAAGCAAAUGGAGGAGAAAGGGAAAGCAGUGAGCAGUGAGAGAUGGAGCGCUGCGAUCGGAAAUAUAUCGGAGAUGUCAUCAAAUCUGGAAUCACUACAAAAACUACUUGUGAAGAAAGCAGUGUUCGUCGAUGAUGAUACUUUUGCUAAAGCCUCUCUCACCUCCGAACAAGCUCGUACUAUUAAGGUUCUUGAACAAAGAGUUCAGACUUUAGAGCGAGAAUUAGAUAAUGCUAUUUCUGCUGCUGCUCAUGCACGGACUGAUAAAAGACAGGCUGAGGCAGCUCAGAAGGCUGCUGAAUUACGUGCACAAGAGGUUACAAGAGAGCUUGAAAAUACCACAAGGGUAUUUGAGCUACACAUGGAAGAGCUGCGCGCAAAGCAAGAAGAGAUAUCUAAGCGAGAUAAGGAAAUCAAACUUCUAGAGGCCAUAAUUCAGACACUAGGAGGCAAAAGCUCCCAUUCUAGCGAUGAAUGAGUAAGAAGGGGGAUGAUUGUAAUUUCCGGCUUCAUAUUGUAUCAUGUAAUUGUAUAUCAAACACGAUUUUGGUUUCUAAUGCUGUACUAGGAAGUAGAUGAAUAUUUCAAUGA